GAAAACUCGAGUGGAACGGCAUUAUUGGACAUAUAAAUUCAGGAGACUUUAUUUGUGUAAUUUGUUUUGGCAGUUUAGGACGGCAGCAUUUGACAAGCAAUGGCAAUCCCAGCGGUGGGCAUAGACCUGGGCACAACGUACUCCUGCGUGGGAGUGUUCCAGAAUGGCAAGGUGGAGAUCAUCGCCAACGACCAGGGUAACAGGACCACGCCUUCCUAUGUAGCCUUCAACGACACCGAGAGACUGAUCGGCGAUGCUGCUAAGAACCAGGUAGCAAUCAAUCCCAAAAAUACCGUCUUUGAUGCAAAAAGAUUGAUUGGACGAAAAUUCGACGAUCCUUUCGUCCAACGAGAUAUGAAGUCAUGGCCUUUUGUCGUACAAAACGAUGGUGGUAAACCCAAAAUAGUCGUAGAAUAUAAAGGUCAAACCAGAAAAUUCUCCCCUGAAGAGAUAUCAUCGAUGGUCUUGACAAAAAUGAAGGAUACAGCUGGAGCGUACCUUGGAGGCACCGUGAAAGAUGCUGUAAUAACAGUACCAGCAUAUUUCAACGAUUCGCAGCGCCAAGCAACCAAAGACGCUGGUCAAAUCGCUGCGCUAAACGUCCUCAGGAUCAUAAACGAACCAACGGCUGCAGCAUUAGCUUACGGCUUAGACAAAAACUUAACAGGAGAAAAGAACGUUCUGAUUUAUGACCUUGGAGGCGGAACAUUUGACGUUUCAGUAUUGCAAAUUGCAGAAGGCUCCCUGUUCGAAGUCAGAUCUACAUCAGGUGAUACGCAUCUUGGUGGUGAAGACUUUGACACCAGAAUGGUGGAACAUUUUGCUCAGGAGUUUGAAAGGAAAUUUAAAAAGAAUAUAAGAGAUAACCCGAAAGCUGUAAGAAGACUUCGAACGGCUUGUGAAAGGGCCAAAAGAACAUUAUCCUCGAGUACAGAAGCGAGUUUAGAAAUCGAUGCAUUGCACGAAGGAGUUGACUUCUAUUCAAAGAUUACACGAGCACGUUUUGAAGAAUUAUGCUCGGAUUUGUUUCGUCAAACAAUAGCUCCCGUUGAAAAGGCAUUGAAGGAUGCUAAAUUGAAUACAAGGGAGAUUAAUGACGUUGUUAUGGUUGGUGGAUCCACACGUAUUCCGAAAAUCCAAAGGAUACUACAGGAGUUUUUUGGUGGAAAGACCUUGAAUUUGUCCAUAAAUCCUGAUGAAGCUGUAGCGUACGGUGCGGCUGUUCAAGCCGCUAUCCUAUCAGGAUCCAAGGACACUAGGAUACAGGACGUGCUACUUGUUGACGUGACGCCACUUUCGCUGGGAAUUGAAACUGCAGGAGGUGUCAUGACACGACUUAUCGAGAGAAACACUAGGAUUCCGACAUAUCAGAAACAAAUCUUCACUACCUACGCUGACAACCAGCCUGCUGUUACGAUCCAGGUUUUUCAGAUUUACGAAGGCGAAAGGGCGAUGACCAAAGACAACAAUAUUCUGGGAACCUUCAAUCUAUCAGGAAUACCACCAGCUCCAAGAGGGGUACCUCAAAUUGAAGUUACCUUUGAUGUUGACGCCAAUGGCAUUCUGAAAGUGAGUGCUCAAGAUAAAAGCACUGGGCGUUCAGAACACAUCACUAUAUCCAACGACAAGGGCAGACUGUCGAAGAAAGAUAUUGAGAAAAUGCUUGCUGAUGCUGAGAAAUUCAAAGCAGAAGACGAAACCGUUAAGAAGAAAGUUGAAACGAGAAAUCAAUUGGAGGGCUACGUGUUUGGAUGCAAAACUGAGAAGAACGAAGUGUUCACGGAAUGCAGCAACCAACUGCGUUGGUUGGAGCAGAACCCCGAUGCGUCCAUAGGCGAGUUGGAGCAGCACUUGAAGGCAGCUCAGGCGGUGUGCCAGCCGGCCAUGAUGAAGCUGCAUGGAGCAUUAGGAGGAGGCGGACCCAGCUGCGCACAGGCGCGACGGCCGAGCUCUGGUGGGGGGCCGAGGGUUACCGAAUUGGACUAA